AUGCCUGCCACGAUCCGCCAGUACAAAGCCGCCUGUGUCCAGGCAGAGCCCGGGUGGUUCGACCUCGAGAAGUCGGUCCAGAAGACCGUCAACCUCAUCCUGGAAGCGGGCGAGAAGGGCUGCAAGCUCAUCGCCUUUCCAGAGACAUGGAUCCCAGGGUACCCCUACUGGCAAUGGCGUGUAAACUACCAAGACUCUCUGCCGCUCUUGAAAGACUAUCACAUGAACAGCCUGCGGCCCGACUCGGACGAGAUGCGACGCAUCCGCUCGGCCGCCAGAGAGGCGCAGAUCUACGUCUCGCUGGGCUACUCCGAAAUCGACGGCAACAGCCUGUACAUGGCGCAAGUCAUGAUUGACCCGACGGGGGCCGUCAUCAACCACCGGCGCAAGAUCAAGCCGACGCACGUGGAGCGCCUCGUGUUCGGCGAGGGGACGGGCGACUCGUUGGACACGGUCGUGGAGACGGAGAUAGGCCUGGUCGGCCAUCUCAACUGCUGGGAGAACAUGAACCCGUUCCUUAAGGCGCUGGCGUGCACCAAGUACGAGCAGGUACACAUCGCAGCCUGGCCAGUGUACCCGCCCGCCACGACUCUCAAGUCGCCGGAUCCAUACACGAACAUCUCCGAGGUGCAGUCGGAGCUGGUGACCCCCGCGUACGCCUACGAGACGGGGACCUGGACGCUUGCUCCGUCGCAGGUCGUCUCGCGGGAGGGCGCGCGGCUCAACCUGCCGAAGCGGCUGCAGAACGACGAGGCGGCGCUCGACGCCGAGGCCGCCGUCAUAGGCAACGGCUUCUCGCGCAUCUACCGGCCGGACGGGUUCCGCGCGGUCGCGGAUGCGGACAAGACGUUUGAGGGCCUGGUGCUUGUGGACAUUGACCUGGACGAGAACUUGCUCACGAAGCGGCUCGCUGACUUUGGCGGCCACUACAUGCGUCCGGAUCUCAUCCGGCUGCUCGUGGACACGACGCCCAAGACGUACGUCGUGGACGCGAACGCGGAUCCGAAGAGGGUUGUUAGCACGGCGGAGAGGCUGGGCCUUCACAAGCCGCUGGAGGAGGAAUAG